CAGAAACCUUUCGUGUCUUGUCAGAGCAACCCAUAUCGUCUUUUGAGAGAGACAGUUAAGACCCACAAUGGGUAUAUGAGAUCCGAUUGAGAGAGAGAAGGACUGGCAAAGGGAGCAAUUCUCGUUGGCAUUCUUCUUCGGCUAUUGACGUAUAUACUUCCUGGCUUUGCAUCGCCACCUUCUUGUAACUUGGUCCUACAGCUUUGGAGACAGGACGAGAGACGCAUCAUGUCUGACUAUCUCGCUCGGAAGGCGCUCGCGGAGCAGCUUCAACGGAAGAAAGAGGCCCAAUUUCAAGCUGAGCUCGAAGCGAAGCGCCUAAAGGAUAAGCAAGCUGCGUUGGAAGAGGAGGAGCGUAAAAAGCAGCGAGAACUUCAAAGUAAGGAGCUCCGACGCAAGGAACUGCUCCGUGCCAACGAGGCGAUGGUGAAAGCCAGCGCGUCAAAAGGUCAAGCUGGUCCGUCGAGUCAAGCUGGUCCUUCGAAAGUAUCUGCUUCAUCGUCUCUCGCUCCUUCCAUUGCUGGUAGACCCUCCGCAAGUGAGGCAAAGGAGAUUGAAUAUAAUCCCUUUGCAGAGGACGAAUACCGGCCAAGACCAUUAAGUUUCAGCCUCGAGAAGCCACUCAUCAAGAGACUCGAAGCGAAAAAGGCUGCGAACGACCAAAAGGCCUCAUCGACUUCUCGAGCGAACAGGGGCGGAACAAAGAGUUCUGAUACCAAGAAACGAAAUACAGAGCGUAAAGGUUCGCCUCCGCCUCUCGGUCGUAAGGCCAAAGCCGCACUGGCAUUCGCCCAAUCCGCCAAGGCGUCAAAGUUUGAUAGCGUCUUUUCAGUCAGGUCAAUAGUGGAUAAGGCGGCUUCGCCAUCCAAUUCGCCCAAGUUGGCUUCCGGAUCCUUGCCUCGAUCAGCCGCUACUCCUAGCAAGCUAUCAAAUGGGUCAAGCAAGGUCGCUGCAUCCCACAUCAAUGGAAAUGGCAAAGCGAGGGAAGACCCAUCUUUGAGACCAAAGGCCGAUGGGAUGGGUCGCAACGGACCACGGAAUACCAUUGGAAAGGCUGCCGCCGCGCACCCUUCUCGCAGACGUCGCGAUUCCAACGACUCAACAACGACGUCCGAGGACAGUGAUCGACCUGCGAAACGAACUCGACCGGAUCUAGACAGACCUCGAGGUAAAGAGAGGUUUGGAGGAGGUCACAGCGGGCCAUCCCAAUCUGCAAUAUCUGCAGAAAUCCAAGCUUUGUUCAGGAGGCCAGGCCAAACGAGAAAAGAGUAUGAUGACUACAGUGACGGGUCGAGCGACAUGGAAGCGGGGUUAAGUGAUGUCGAAGAGGAGGAAUUGCAAGCAGCGAGGAUAGCUAGGAGAGAAGAUGAACUUGCGGAGAGGGAAGAAGCUGAGAGACGGAGACGCAAGGAGGAGAUGAAGCGGCAGAAGGGGAGGUGACCUGCUGAGGAUCAAUCUAAUGAGAAUUUGCGCUCUGUCCCCUGUUGUCUCUUUGCGCACAUGCCGAGUAACGAGCCCAUAUAUG